UCAAGAGGGAUUGGCUGGGGGGAAAGAGAAACAUUUGCUUGGGAUCGCUGUUUCCCUGAUACAUGCUGGUGCCCCCUCCCCCCCGGUUCUCUCAAAAGUAUCCCAUCAGGACCCCGGAGGAGACUCUGUGUGUGCCAAGGGUAGGGGAAAAACUUCUUCCAAAAUAGUGUGCCCGGGGAAGAGGAUGGGGGAUUUUGCAGCCCCCGUUGCCGCCGCGAAUGGCAGCAGUAUCUGCAUCAACAAUAACCUGAACAGCAGCCUCGGCGGGGCCGGUGUCGGGGUCAGCAGCGCUCCCCACGGCCCUCCUGCCGCUGCUCCCAGUAACAAUAACGCGAACGGCGGCGUCCCCAAGCACAGCACGGUGGUGGAGCGGCUGAGGCAGCGCAUCGAGGGCUGCCGCCGGCACCAUGUCAACUGCGAGAGCAGGUACCAGCAAGCCCAGGCGGAGCAGCUGGAGCUGGAGCGCAGGGACACCGUGAGCCUCUACCAGCGGACCCUGGAGCAGAGAGCCAAGAAAACCGGCACCGGCGGCAGCAAGCAGCAGCAGCAGAGCAAACAGCAGCAAGAUGCCGAGCCAGCCACGGCGGAGCAGAGGAACCACACUCUGAUCAUGCUUCAAGAGACGGUCAAAAGGAAGUUGGAAGGGGCACGUUCACCUCUCAAUGGAGAACAGCAGAAUGGAGUUUGUGAUGGGAACUUUUCUCCAAGCAGCAAGCGGAUAAGGAAGGAUGUACCAGGCAUUGAGGCAAUCAACAACUUGCCCAAUAAUUUGCCUUUGCCUGCUGUUUCUCCUCUUCACCAGCUUGACAUGAAAGCUCCCCUGCCCCUGCAGAACAGUGGAACUCACAGUAGUGGUCUAGAAGACUUGGGUAAAAACGGUGGGCUUUCUGAGAUAAAGCUCCCUAUUAAUGGUUGCAAUGAGCUAGACGAUAGCUUUAACAUCCUGCAGAACAAGGAGCUAAAGCAAGAGCCUUUGGAUGACCCCAGCUGCAUAGACACUUCUGAAACAUCUCUUUCAAAUCAGAACAAGCUCUUCUCGGACAUUAACCUGAAUGAUCAAGAGUGGCAGGAGCUAAUAGAUGAACUGGCGAACACCGUUCCAGAAGAUGAUAUACAAGAUUUGUUCAAUGAAGACUUUGAAGAGAAGAAGGAGCCGGAAUUUCCCAGGCCUGCCACAGAGACUCAAGAGAGUGCAAGCGUGAAAAGUGAUCCAUCUCAUUCUCCAUUCGCUCAUGUCCCACUAGGUUCUCCCCAAGUAAGGCCUUCUUCUUCCGGUCCUCCAUUUUCAAAUGUCUCCACAGCGUCCAGCAUAGCUUCUGCGUCCAGUGCCCCACCAGCCCCAGUCCCUGCUGGCUCACCAGCAAACUGUGUUGUUCAGUCACCUCAAACUCCCAGCCAGGCCCACACUCCAGGCCAGACACAGUCACGGUCUGGAAAUGGCUAUCUUAUGAAUCCAGCAGCAGCAACUGUGACAGGACCAGGGCCUGGACCUGUGAAUAUGCCAACCGCUGACUUGUCUCCAGCUGAACAGCUCAAGCAAAUGGCAGCCCAGCAGCAGCAAAGAGCUAAGCUCAUGCAACAGAAGCAGCAGCAGCAUCCAAAUCAACCCUCAAGCUGGUCACCUGUGGGCCCUCCAUCUAGUCCAUACGGAGGACCCUUUAGUGCAGACAAACCAAAUAGUCCAAUGAUGUAUCCCCAAGCCUUUAACAACCAAAACCCAAUAGUGCCUCCUAUGGCAAACAAUCCACAGAAGACCACAAUUAAUAACUACCUCCCUCAAAAUCACAUGAAUAUGAUCAGUCAGCAGCCAAAUAACCUGGGCACAAACUCCUUAAGCAAACAGCCCAAUAUGCUUUCUUAUGGCAACACCAAGCCUCUGACCCACUUCAAUGCUGAGCUGAGUCAGAGGAUGACUCCACCAAUGGCAAAUCCCAGCAAGAACCCCAUGAUGCCAUACAUCCAGCAGCAGCAGCAGUCCCAGCAGCCGCAGAUGCAAGCUCAGAUGGCACACCUGAGUGAGGAGCAGAAACGCAUGCUCAUCAUGAAGCAGAAGGGAAUGAUGAAUCAGCCCAUGGCGUAUGCAACGCUUCCUUCCCUUGGUCAGGAGCAGCAUCAAGUGGGGUUGUCCCGGACCACGGGGCCUAUGCAGCCUUCUGUCCCACCAGGCUCCAGCAGCGUGGUCACAGGCACAAGCUCUGGGGGUCCCUUCCUAGGAAACCAACCUCAAGCAGCCAUCAUGAAGCAGAUAUUGAUUGAGCAGAGAGCCCAGCUCCACGUGAUGGAACAGCAGAAACAACAGUUUCUAAGAGAGCAAAGGCAGCAGCAGCAUCAGAUCCUGGCAGAGCAGCAGUUGCAGCAGCAGUCACAUUUGCCUCGGCAGCACCUGCAGCAACAGCGGAGCCCGUAUCCAGUGCAACAGGUCAAUCAGUUCCAAGGUUCUUCCCAGGAUAUAGCAGCUGCAAGAAACCAGGCAGCACUCCAGAGCAUGAGGACAUCCCGAAUGAUGGCGCAGAACGUGAGCAUGAUGGCAAUGGGUCCCUCCCAGAGCGCGAGCACGCUGCCCUCGACCGCAGGCCAGUCAGACAUGGGCAUGGCUCCUUACAGCAACACCUCGUCUAGCCAGCCAGGAAUGUACAGUAUGAGCACAGGGAUGAGCCAAAUGUUGCAGCACCCAAACCAAAGUGGCAUGAACAUGGCACACAACGCAGGCCAGGGAACAAGGCAGCCUGCCUCUGGACAAGCGGUGGGAAUGGUUGGCAGUUUUGGUCAGAACAUGAUGGUAAACUCUGCUCUUCCCCAGCACCAGCAGCAGAUGAAAGGAGCUGGGGGCCAGGUCUUACCCAGGCCACAAGCACCACGACUUCAAAACCUGAUGGGGACUGUCCCUCAGGGAACACAAAACUGGCAGCAGCGAGGCUUGCAAGGUAUACCUGGAAGGACUAGCAGUGAAAUGGGGCCCUUCAAUAAUGGCACAACGUACCCGAUGCAGUCUGGGCAGCCGCGGCUGUCCAAACACCAUUUCCCACAAGGGCUUAAUCAGACAGUUGUGGACACAAGUGGAGCAGUAAGAGCCCUGAACCCAGCGAUGGGGAGACAACUGCUGCAACCACUACCUGGGCAACAAGGUGCUGGCCAGGCAAGGCCGAUGGUGAUGCCUGCAAUAAGCCAAGGGGUCCCCACAAUGUCUGGCUUUAGUCAGCCUCCAACACAGCAAAUGCCAGGUGGUAACUUUGCUCAGAGCGGCCCAGGGCAGGCCUACGAGAGGAAUCCCACUCAGGACUUAUCUUACAACUACAGUAAUGAAGGAGCAGGGGGGUCAUUCUCCAGUUUAGCAGAGGGCGCAGACCUCGUGGACUCCAUCAUUAAGAGCGGACCAGGGGAUGAGUGGAUACAAGAACUUGAUGAGUUGUUCGGAAACCCCCAGUGAAUGGGCUUGUAUAGUCUGGAGCUUUGGUUGUUCCAUCUGAAAAAGCAAAGAGAGUUGGAUGUCUCCCCAUCCUUGGAUUGUUGGGGGUUUUGUUUGAAUUGGUUUGGUCUGGGGUUGUUUUGUUUUCUGUUGUUUUUAAUUGUGCAAACUGAGCUGAUCUGUAGCCAACUUUGGAAGAUUCAGGGGGUGAUGAAAACAUCAGCAUCCCAAGACUUCCACCAAGCAACCUGUGUUGCGUGGCAGCACCCACUGUGUGUGUGGGGAGCAGGGGGCAGGAUGGGGAAACUGGAAAAGCCAGCUGAUGCCUCUGGUUGGGAAAAUGUGUUCUUUCCCACUGAAACAAGGCUUCAUUGCACAGUGGUGUGGGGUGGUCCCGAUCUCUCCCACCUCAUGAAACCGUAAACACUGCAGCUUUCAGGGGAGCAGAUGAAAACAGGCAGGAGCAAAGUCUAAAGAUGUCCAUGGGCGAUCGCACAGGCCCUGGUUGGAAACAGGUUUAAUCCCAGGAGCAGGCAGGUCUUGGUGAGCCAUAGCCAGGCCCACAGGGCUGGCUCUGGGCUGUCACAAGGAGAUGUGAAGCAGACACUUGACAAACCUAAACAGUCACAGGGAGGUCACCAUUUUCACCACAGAGUGACAAAAAAACCAACAAAGGUGCAGUAGAACGUGAAUUUGGCAGCAUGGUGAGGACAGUUUGGUUACAGGAGUGCUGCUGGAUAUGGCUUAGGUGGGUGGGUUAACUUAAUGAGCUGCUUAGUCCCCUUGGGACUCACAAUAGUGCUUCCUUGUUGAAGUGCUUUGGCACAAAUCUGUUGCCUGGGCAUGCAGAACAGCAGCUAUCAGUGGUGGGGAAGGGCUAAGAGGUACCAAGAGACAUCAGCUCAGGUCCUAAGCAGGUUGCUCUCUCUCCUUCCUCCCUCCUCAGUAUGUUUUCAGUUCACUUCCUUCCCUUCUUAUACUUCAGUGUAAAGCAAGGCAAGUUGGCUGCACUUUAUUCAGGUGAGCAACAACUGCCACAAAGGGGCAGGCAGGGGAGGAGAAAACAGGCAAAAGAAAAUGUACAGGGAGGGUUUGGCAUGUGGAAUGGGUUCCUCCUCCCCUCUUGAAAAGUGCAAGUUUGGCAAGCAGGAUUACCCUGGGGUGUGUGGGCUAUCGAUGUGGCAUUAUAUGCAACCUGAAAUCAGUUUUAAACAGAUGUUUGGCUUAAUCUCUCUGGUUUGCUGGAGUAAAGUUCACUGCAGUAUUUGAAGAACAGGAACCAAUGAAGGACUACUGUAAAGAUCAGUGACAAAUGGGUAAAAUCAUUGAUGUAGUUAUUACAAACAUGGGGUCUGCCCAAAUAAGCUGUUAGGUAAUAGCGAUGUAUUCACUAUCUCCACUGUGUGGACCAGUGCUGAGCAGCACUACAAUGAAGUUGUGACACAUCUUGCACACUGAGGCGCCAGCCAUUCUGAAUGUCUAAAGCAGCAGUUCCCAAGCUGCAGCCUAAGGCCAAGGUAAGCUGUCCUCCAAAACCGACCGCCUUGCUAGUGUUUUCAACUGAGAGAUGUUUACCAGAUUAUGUAGUGGUGCAUAAAAUGUUAAUGGGAUCCACAGUCCAGCAAUUCUGAGAACCUCUGCCCUAAUGUUGGCCUCUGCAAGUCAUACAAUGUGCUCUGCAGUGGAAGUGCCUCUGGUACUACUGCCUACAACAACUACCCAGCUACCGAUUACCUCCUUGUGUGCUGCUCUACUUGGGGCUGGCGAUGUGAAGUGCUGAAAUCCAGGGAUGCUGAGAGGCUUGGCAUCCUGUGUUUUCAAGUCCUGCCUUUCCCUGUGGAGCACAGACAUGCAUCACAUUAAGGGAGUGGGAGCAAAAUGGGCCUGGAACAACCUCAGCACCCUGUUACAGUUCUCUUUUGUGCAGUAACCACUUGCAGGGCUUACCUAGGUGAGGAGAACUGUCUUUUAAAUGCUAUAAUGUAGGCAGGACAAACUGCACUUUUUAAAAUGCUUUAGUUACAUCUCUUUUAGCUAACCCCUUUUUAAAACACAGUGUGAGGACCUAUUCCAGUUCCUGCUGAAGACGACAGAGGUCUUCCUGUCCACUGCUUCAGCAGGAGCCAGGGCAGCCCCUAAUUCAGUAAAGGAGAGCACCAGCCACAGUUUUCAGUCCAUCUUGUGAGUAAGCGGCUCUUGGUGGAUGGAAGAGGCAGGCAAAGGAGAGAAACGGUACCUUGAGGGGAUGAGGGCAUUGUGUGUGUGUGUGUCUGUGUGAGCGUGUGGGUGAGAGGAGCGGUGGGCUGGUGUGGUGCAACCUGUCCUGUGUGGCAGAGGUGUGCCAGGAUGAGGAGGCAGCGAGCCGACAGCACUGAGGCUGGCACAGCAUCAGCAGCCCUUCCUUGGGUGCCAGUGAUCAGGGGCUGCCUGCCAGCACAGAGCUGCACAGUGCGGGGUUAGGAGCACACAGCCACCAAGUGCAAAUCCGAGUGUGUCAGGGAGAUACAGGCUUUGGUGAAUAAAUGGUGGUGAAGACUGGGUCUCUGUUGUCUUUGUAAAGCUUCCUCCAAAUACUCCGUUCCGGGACCAACUACUAGAGAGGCAGAUUUUAUUAGAUUUGGGGUUGGGUUUUUUUUUUUUCCUUUCUUACUAUGGUGCUGAUGUAUAUGUAAUGUUAAAAAAAUAAAAGUUAUUUGUAAAUAUGUUUUUACAAUUCUACAGAUAUCACUGGGUCUACUAUCUGUAAAAUAUAUACAUAUAAAAUAUAUAUAUAUACUGUUUGUUUAAAAUAGAGUAUUUUUAUUUCAUUCCUUAACUCAUCCUUACUGCAGUGGUAUUGCACUUCAGAUGACGUCUAAUUACUAAUUUGUACUGUAUCCCUGACAGCAACUUGCUCCAUUUUACUCAGAUUUUUCUAGUUUUCUGUUUUUACUUUGUACAUUAAGCAUUGCUUAUUUCCUCUGAAGACCUGUACAGAGCUCUGGAAAUGUAGAGAAAGACCUGAUGUUAACAUACCACUUUUAAAGAAAAACAAAACAAAACAAAGAAAAAAAGAGCACCCAAA